UUAAGGAAUCCUAGUAGGCCACUACUUGCAUCGCCUGGUUUCGGUUCCGCAUCCGAGAUAGGGUUUAUUGUGAACUAGGGUUUAAUUGGACAUCAGACCGAGGCGGUGAGACUGAGAAAUUCGCAAUCCGAUGCGCCCUUCCGAUCACAAAAAGUUUGAGCGACUGCAACCUUCGGAGCAGAGGCGGAAAAUGGAAGAGAGAGUCGAGAGAAACCAAGCAUAACGCCAGUUGCUUCUUUGUGUUUCUUGCGGCAAUGGCGGCGGACGUAGUGGUGAAGCACGAGGUCUCGAAUCCUUGCUGUGCCGCGUUGAAGGAGAAGUACUCAAAGCUUGAAGCGUCACGGAAUGCUCUUAGACAAGGUGUAAAGAUCCAAAAUGAACUAAUUGAUAAGCUUCAGAAUGAGAACCUAAGUCUCAAGAAAGCAUAUGAGGAAGAGAGAGUGCGGGCUGAAGUUGAAAGAAAGGAGAAAGCAGCUGUCCAAAUUUCUCUGGAGAAUGACAUUGAUACUCUGAAGUCUGAGAUUCACGUGUUGCAGCAGGGAGGAUCACAGGCUGAUGGUGUGGAUGGGGGAGUAAUGAUUCUUCAAACAUGUCUUUCUGAGUUGGAAACAGAAAAAAAUCGCUUAGAGGAGCUUUUUGAAAUAGAAAGAAUGAAAGUAGAUGGUGAGAGGAAAAAAGCUGAAGCAGAGAAGAAGGAAGCUGAUGAAGUUAGGGGCAUUUUGAUGGUGGAAAAAAGUAGGGCUGAUGAAGAAAGGAGGCAUGCUGAUGUUAUGCAAAAAAAGUUUGAACAAACUCAAGCUCAGUUGGAGAGUUUAAAGAUUGAAGUGGAUGAAGUAAGGUCAAAAUUGGGUUUGGAGACGCUUAAGUCCAAAGAAGCAAACAAAUAUCUUGAGGCUGAACGAAAAAAGGUGAUCAAAGAGAAAAAGCGUGCAGAUUUAGAGAAGUCAAAGGCAGAAGAACAAAGGAAGCUUGCAGAAAUUAACCAGAAGAAGGCCAUGGAUGAAAAGUCUCGAGCUGAUUCUCUCUCUCAACAGCUGGAAGAAUACAGACAAAGGACUGAAAAAUUAGAAAAGGAGAUGGAAGAACUUGUGUCCUUGAGAACAUUGGUUGGAGAUCCAGCUAGCCUGACUGAUAAACGCAUGAACUCUGAACAGGUAAACAGAAUGCUCAAGGACGAACAACAUAAGACAAUCAGAGAAAAAAAGCGUGCAGAUUUAGAGAUGAAGAAAGCAGAAGAGCAGAGAAAGAUUGCUGAAGUGAAUAAGAAGAUGGUGAUGGAAGAAAAACAUCGUGCUGAUCAGUCUGCUCAGCAGUUACAGGAUAACAAACGACAGUUAGAUGAACUGCAGAGGGAUAUAGAAGUGAAUAAAAAGAAGGCCAUGGAAGAAAAACAUCGCGCAGAUCAGUUGGCUCGGCAGUUAAAGGAUAACAAACGAGGUUUAGAUGAACUAAAGAGGGAGAUAGAAGUGAAUAAAAAGAGGGCUGUGGAAGAAAAACAUCGUGCAGAUCAGUUAGCUUGCCAAUUAGAAGAUAACAAACAAAGGUUGGAUGAACUGCAGAAGGAGAUUGCGAAACUUGUGUCCUCUAGAGUAUUGGUUGAGGAUGUAAAUUCCAAAUCUGCUAAACUGAAGUUAUUGAGACAACAAUUAAAGUUAAAAAAGAAGGAAGUAAAGCUUGCCAAAGAUGUUGCAAAAUUGGAAAUAGGUCGUAAUAAUAUAUUGCAACAAGAACUGGGUUGCUUAAAGCAGGAUUUUACUUGUCUUUUGCAACGCUUGAAUGUGCUUAAUAACUGUUUUGUGCAUCCUGGUGAAGGUAGAGAUGCCAUGGGAAAGACUGGCAACAUUGUUAAUCCUCCAGACUCAAUCUUGACGAGAGAACUCUUCAGUCAAGAACCAAAUGAGGAUCACCUUCACUGCAAUAAUGAAUUUGUAAGGUCUGGUUACACAGCUAUGGAUGCGUAUGAUUGUGUCAAGCAAAAUGCAGAAUGUAAUGCACCAUUACGUCCUCUUAGUGGAGGAAACAGUACUCAAUGCAUCUCAGGUAUUGAUUCUAUAUUAGAGCCUCUUCUUAGAGGUUCUAACAGAAAAAUGUUACAGAGUUCUGCCAUACAUUCCAGUAGAGCAUCUUUUUCUGAUAGACAGUUGAUGGGCUCACAGGAAAGAGGUGCUUUUUCUGUUACUGCAUCAGCUAAAUUGACAGAAGAUAAACAAAAUCAACAACAAAAAGAUUCCAAUUUGUCUUGUGGAGUUACCAAAUCAAGGUACAAUGAAAAUCCUGCAACAGUGGCUGAAAAUAGUGUCAGAAGUCCUGUUAGCAUCGAUGUUGUUGGGAGGAGGGCUGGAAACAGUAAGAAGAGAAAGAGGAUCCUUGAUUCAGUUAGAUCUGUUGAACAGUUGUAUUAUGAAGGUAGGAAGUGGCAUGUGCGGAUAGAGGAGAAGUUAUCCAUGCUUCACAGUAUGUUAAACAGUCAAAUGGACAAGUCUUCCCAUGAAGAAAAACAUGUGGUAUCUAACGAGGAAACUGAUAUCUAUUCUGAGCAAGUCAAGGCUAACAAGAAAAGGAAGUUAUAUCCUGAAGAGGAAGUGGCUCCGCAGCAUAUAUGCCACUUAAAUGAGCAAAUGGACAGACUUCAAACUGCCAACAAAGAAGUUGAUAUGUGUGAUGGCACUUGCCUUCCUGCCAAUGGUAUGGGAGAAACAACUGAGUCCAAAGAUGGAAGAGGUGAUUUGGAAAAGAGCAGUGAAGAAAACAGAAGUUUUAAGGAAUUAAUGGAAGGGAACUACAUGAAUCUGCUAGACUUGGAUAAUGCUGGUGAUGAGGAGUGCUACCGGAGAGCUAUUGAAGCACCACUGUCGCCUACACUUCCUGUGCUUGAUUUUCAAGAUAGUGGGAUAUCCAAAAGUGGUGAUGCCAAAUAUUUGGUAGAUGAGCAUUUCUAUGAUGGAUUUGCGAGUGGAAAAGACAACUUGGAACCAUCUAGCAGCUUGGAUGUUGUCAAUGUGGAGGUGGUCUCCAAUAAAUUAGAACUUAACAGAUCUGAGACUUCCCAUGUUCUGUCAGCUUGCAAUAACGUAGUUACUUAUCCUUUAAAAAAUGUAGUGGACUAUAAAAAUGGUGGGGAUGGGACUGCAUAUGAUGGUAAUGCUUGUCCUCAGCAGAUUUGGGAAUCUCAUGCAGAGUUGGGUAUUUCAGAUUUACAUAAUUCUGGUUACAAUAGGCAAAACAUUAUGUGUCAAAGCACCCUUGGUCUGGCUCGUGAUGAGCUUCCCAAAUACUGUGUUGUGUUUUCAGAUGCAGAGAAUAGUAGCAGCAUAUCUCGGAUAUUUUGUGCAACUAAAUCUUUUAUAGCCCAGUGCUCUAUGAUUUCUCAGACAGACCAAGUCUUGCAAAAGAUUAUGGCAGCUCUUGUGAAGAUAAAAGAUCUUUUACCCAGGGAGAAGGCUUGUGUACUAUUUUCAUUCUUACUGCACUACGUUUCCCGGAUGGCUCUGGAGGACCUUGGAAACUUUUCAAACCCAGAAUUCAUCUCCUCAUUAGACUCCUUUUCUAGAUCCUUACAGACAGUAGUGUCUGAUGUGGGGACAAAGAGCAUUAUUGCAGAAUUAUGUUUCUGCAGUGAACUGCUUGCUCUUAUUGAGGAUUUUCUCCUAGAGGGAAGAGUUCUGGUUUAUGGUGAUGUAUCUUCUGAGUCAUGUCCCAUAAGUGGUUCAAGUGUUAACAUCCUUCUAAAUGAGAUAGAAAUAAUUUUGUUGUUCAGAACAGCUCCAGCAAAUCUGUUAGUGGCUGGGGGCAUUGUAUUAGCUUCAAUAUGUGCAACAGUAGGGCAAAUUGGGUUUCUCUGCGAGGCUUCAUAUAACAUUUUCAGGGUGCGGAAAUUCGAUACUUCAUUAGUGCUGACUAUACUUCAUGUUUUCGUGUAUCUGUCUGGAUCUGAAUACUUUAUCCUUGAAGAUUACAGUUUAGUAAUGACCGUAAUAAAAUCUUUGGUAAUAUUUUUUGAGAAAAUGAAUUUAUCUGGAAACUGUGGUUACUGUCUUCAAUCUUCUGGGGAGGGGCAGCAGGAGUUCCCAUCCUGUAGCAAAUGCCCAUUUUCUGAGGGUGCAAUCCCUAUGGAGACUGUUGUUUCUACGCUUCUGGAAAAGCUUCAGAGCUAUGCAUUGUCUGGAAUCAUACAUCAAGGUCUGAUUGAAUCCUUGAAUUCUUUAAAUCCUGAAGCUGGGCUGUGUGAUGAGAAAAUUAAAGAAACUUUUGUCCAUGAGCAAGCAUUUGGCGCCCUUUCUGUGAAUUAUAGCUCAAGUUAUUGUGUAGACAACUCCAGGAUGUUCACUGAUAUUGUCUCACUAGUGGAGCUGGUAGCAUGCAAUAUGAGCUGGGAGUGGACUUGCAAUUAUAUUCUUUCUCAUUUGUUGAAAUUGUUGGAAUCACAUGUCCUUGAGGACUUCUCAACUUCUGCUGUUACUCUUCUUGGUAAACUGGGAAGGGUCGGUGUUGAUGCCAGUGGAUAUGAUGAUCCCAGUGUUGAAAAACUGAGAAGCAGUUUAUCUGCUUUUCUGUACCAGAAUUCAAGGAAAUUGGGUCUUCCUGUUCAAAUUGCUACUGCAAAUGCUUUACUUGGUCUCCUUCGUCUUGAUUUUGAAGAACUUAUUAAAGGUAAUGCAGAAUUUCCAGCAAUCAGAAAUGAGUUCGAUUCUGUCAAAUGCAUAAGGAAGUGGUACUCUACACUGAGUAGUGAGCAACAAUCAUUGUCAUUCAGCCUUCUGCAGCCUGCUGGUUUUUAGUCACAAAACUGCAUAGUUCAUCGCUGCACAUGUAAUCUGGGCUAUGUUUGAAUUGGACCAGGUGUAGCAUUUCUUGCACAUAGAAUGAAAGAGUAAAAUUUUUGAUGGAUUCCAUCA